AGAGCACUGCGAGACGCAGAGACAGACGCACACGUUGGCUCUCUCUCUCUCUCUCUCCCUCUCUCUAUCCGUCCUUCUCUUCACGCACACACACGCACACGCACGCACACACAUGCUCCUGCACGGCAACUUUCCUCUAUCGGACUGACACAUCGCACAGCAGCUGGGAUAGACACACUCUCACCUUUUGCUACACUGGAGAAGAAGAUAAGGAGUGACAGAUCAGGACAAACAUACUGACAAAAAGAGAAGCUCCCAGUGAGUAGGGUGAAGAGGAAGACUGUGCUGACGUGUUGCCUUGUCCAAGAUGGCAAACCUUGUGACAUCGCUGUGCUGUGUAGUUCUGGCCGCGGUGGUGGUAGCCUACGCUCAGAGGCGCAGUCAGCUCGUUGCCAGGAACCAGUACGAGCGGAUGGGCAGCGACGUCACCAUGCAGUGCGGCUCCCUGGGUAACGACGCGUCCGUGUCGUGGAAGGUGAACGGCACAGACGUGAAGGCCCAGCACCGUCUGGAAGGGCCCCGGCUGAUCCUGACAGAGGUGAACCUGGGCCACAACGGCCUCUACAGCUGCUUCCAGAACCCCCACGGAGAGAGGCGCGACACCAUCUUCCUCCACAUCGGCAUUCCUCCUCGGGAGCCGUCGGUCACCUGCCGGUCCAACACGUACCCCAAAGGCUUCUACUGCAGCUGGCACCAGCUGCACCCCACGUACAUCCCCACCACCUUCGAAGUGGACGUACAACAUAACCAGCGUUCACUGGAGGUGCAGAAAGACGCGGUCCAUAAGAACCGCUGUCACGUACGGUUUCCUGAAGUCUUCUCCAUCUUCCCCUACAAAGUCAACGUGACCGCAGUCAAUGCCCUGGGGAACGCCUAUUUGACUAUCUCCUUCGAAGAGUCCACUAUAGUCAAACCGGACCCCCCAGAGCGAGUGACCGCCACGCCGAUCCGCUCCAGCCCUCGGAGGCUGGAGGUGUCCUGGCACAGCCCGGCCACCUGGCCCGACAUCGACAACUUCCCCCUGAAGUACUUCCUCCGGUACCGGCCGCUCAUCCGGGAGCAGUGGCAGCACGUGGAGCUGUCCGACAGCACUUCUCACACCAUCACUGAUGCCUAUGCUGGGAAGGAGUACAUCAUUCAGGUGGCGGCCAAGGACACAGAGAUUGGAACAUGGAGCGACUGGAGCGUUGCUGUUCAUGCCACGCCUUGGAUCGAGGAUCCUGUGCCCAUCGCCUCCACGACUGAGGGGAUCUUUUCCACCGAGACAAAGACCUCCCCGAUACCGUCCUCCAACGCACCACAGAAGGCUGAGCCACCAGUGGGCAGAGCUGCCAGGGUCCUCACAUUCUUCUCCCCUCUGCUGUUAGGAAUGCUGCUGCUGUUCAUGUGAUCGAAAUGUCUUAAUCCUGAAGGGUGCGAGGAUUCGGAGGGAGAUGACGAGGAGGAGGCUGGUGUUUUUUCUAUUUUGCACAUGUUUCGAGGAUACAGUGCAUUGUCCCAUCACGCAGUUACUCACCAAAAUUACUUAGACAUGAAAUCAGACGAUGAUAAUGCGACUCGGCAUUUUUUGAUUAAUGGUGACAAAGGAAAUUCUUCAGAGGAACUUUUGGAAGGGACAUCUUCCUCAUCAUCGUCAACAACAACAACAACAACAGUGGCAGGAGCAACAACAACCACAGCAGCAGUCUUGGAUUGCCCCCUGGUGGCUGUGACGUGUCACAGCAGACUGAAUUUCUCAGUUCACUUUGGGAAGCUCCUCUUCAGAGCAAAGAAAAUCAAGUCCUCAAUCAACAACAACAACAACAACACCCCUUUGUUACCUUUUGUGCUCUUUGUUUCUCAUUAAUUGAUAGUCUUUCUUUUUGCUUUCUUUUAAAAAUGUCAGUGCUGCACAGACAAACACACAAACAUGUAGAGCUGGUGUGUUUGUAUGUGCGGCUGUAGCAGUGCCCCCCACCCCCCUUAUAUACAGCUUAAUCAUCAUGCCAAAGACUCAACUACACCCGCCCGCCCGCCCGGCCGCUCUCCCACCUCCCUCUUAACAAAGUGGUUCCCCAAACGAUUCAUUGAGCUUCCUGAAGCCUGUGCCUGUCUCCGUUGUGGGUUCAAUUCCACCCCACCCCCUGCCAGAAAGGUGCGUGUGUGUGUGUGAGAGAGUAUGUGUGUGUGUGUGUGUGUGUGUGUGUGUGUGUGUGCACACAUGAAUCAAAUCUCGGGACAAAUUGGAGGAACCCUGCAGCUCCUUGUUUGUGCAAAACCCGCCAUUUGAUAAAGAAGCCACAGAAAAGAAAA